GUGAGACUCUGGGAGUUUAGGGAUUACACACCUACUGAAGAUCUGUGUCUGUCAGAUUGGAAAUUACUAUUAACAGGACUGUUAUAUUUACCUCUCCAAAGAUAUAUAUUUCAUUUUUGCGUGGAUUAUCCUUAACAAUGAUGGAAACCAGACUUCAGGAUUAAAAAAACAAGCAAAAAGAUCAUUACCACUAAAGCUAAUAAAGAACAAAGCUAUCACUUGCUGUCAUCAUCGUGAUGACCAGACCGUUAUUUCAAGCAAAUAUGCCUGAUCAAGAUAGCCACACUGUUUGCGUUUGGCUGCCCACCAGAGAGCAGCUUGAUAUAAAUAUUGGGGCAAAAGCAACAGGGGAGGAACUCUUUCACAAAGUGUGUGAAUCGCUUAGCAUUAAAGAAGCUCACUUUUUUGGCCUCAGUAUUGUGAAAAAUAAUGAAUACAUAUUCAUGGACCUAGAGCAAAAGUUAAGCAAAUAUUUUCCUAAGGAAUGGAAGAAAGAAACGACACGCGGUACAGAGAAGUUUAGUCCUCCCUGUGUUGCUUUUUUCCGAGUGCAAUAUUAUGUAGAAAAUGGAAGAAUUAUAAGUGACAAAAAAGCACGGCAACUGUACUAUUACCACCUCAAAGACCAAGUACUGCGAUCUCAUUGUACUCACAAAGAGGAAAUUUACUUCUUGCUGGCAGCCUAUGCACUUCAGGCUGAUUGUGGGAAUUUUGACCAAAACAUCCAUAUGAAAAAGUACUUUGAACCUGAAUCCUACUUUCCGCACUGGAUUAUUGCGAAGAGGGGAAGCAACUACAUUUUGAAGCAUGCGCCUGAAAUGCACAAAGAACAGCAAGGAAUGUCUGUUAAAGAGGCUGUGCUUAACUUCAUUAGAGAGUCUUGCCUGCUGGAGGAUGUGCCGGUUCACUGCUACAGAUUGCAAAAGGAUAAGAAAGAAGACCGUCCAUCUAUUGUCCUUGGAGUGACCCUACGCGGAAUGCAUAUAUAUCAGGAGGUGAACCAUGUCCAAGAGCUGCUGUAUGAUUUCCCUUGGUCAAAUGUAGGGAAACUUACAUUCCUUGGUAAAAAAUUUGAAAUUCAGCCUGAUGGACUUCCUUCUGCCCGCAAACUGGUUUAUUACACAGGUUGCCCAUUUCGGUCUCGACAUUUACUACAGCUACUUAGCAACAGUCAUCGCCUUUAUCUAAACAUUCAGCCUGUGCUUAAACAGAUUCGGAAACUCGAGGAAGAAGAAGAAAAAAAGCGAUAUAGAGAAUCAUAUAUCAGCGACAACAUGGAGAUGGAUUUGGACCAAUCAGAUAAACAUUCCCAAGCCAGCAGCAGGGGGAGCGCCAAAGACAAUCGACUAUCAAGACAGUCAACAGUUAGUCACAGCAGCUCUCAUACUUCUGGCAUUGAAGCAGAUUCCCAUCAUAGGAUGUCAGUAGAAAUGUCUGUAGAUGAACCUUAUGGUAUUGAGACAGUUCAUCGUAAGGAGAAGUCCUACUGUUCUACCAUCAGUCACAGCAGCUCUGGAAUAGACAGUGGCAGUAAAGGACGCACAGAAGGGGACUCACAAGAUGAUGUGGAGCUUGCUGUAGAUGAACCAGAGGAAGUCAUACCAGCUUGUGACCCUUUAGGAACGAACUCAUCUGAUGAGGAAAUCAAAGAAGAGUGUGUCGAUUCCCCUGGUUUUACAAACCACGGUUGGCAAGAUCUUGAACAGUUGGUUUUCGGCUCUACAAAUGCGAAUGUGAAGAUGAGAGGACAGAGCGUGGAUUCUCUUGACCAGGUCAAAGUUUCAAAACCAAGAAAUUCCACUGAUCGUUACAGUCAAAGCUUAGACGAUGUGCGCAUUUAUCAGCUGAAUCAUCCGCUGUUUCCCACCACUCUUACCUCUGAUACGUCACAAAGCUAUACAUUUGGGUGUGCGGUAGAGGAUAAAAUAAUAGAUUACGGGUGUACGUACACAACCGCAGACUGCAAGAUGAAAUCUGCCUUAUAUGGAAAGAGGUCCAUGAACUGCCUAUCUCUGGACCUUCUCGGAGAGGACCAACUACUGGAGUUUAUUCUGUAGGGAAAAAAAGUGUCUGAAAUCAUUUAAAUGAGAUGAUCUAGUAGGCAGGUUUUACUGUCAUCAGUGGCUUCUGCAUUCAAGAUGUCAGUAGCAAGUGACUGCUCUUAAUCUUUAAAAACAAGGUCAAUAUACCUCAUGAACAUAUAACUCCACCAUAGCCGGUCACAAACACAUUGGCUUUGUUGCAUGAAAAUGAGGAACUUCAGGAAGCUGAAUUCUUGUUCAAAGAUACCGUGACUGACUGUGGCAUGGGACUUAAACGUUCACUGGCAGAACAUUGUUCUGAUUUUAUAUCAAAGUAUUAUUCCAAUGUUCAUUUGGAACGUAACGACUACAUUUUACCAUGUAAAUGUACAUAAAACGAAUAAUACAAUGUGAACAUUUCAAAAAAAGAAAAAUUACCCUUUUUCCUAUUUUUUUUUAUAUAAAUGUCAAAUAGUAUUUCAUUACCAAGGUGGCAUAAACAAUGCCCAACACAGGUAUUAAGGUUUGCGUGCAGAUAUAUUUUUAAAAUAUUUCAUUGGUCUUAAUUUCUUUAAUACAUAUGCAAUAAAUAUGAUAUUUACUGAUCACACUUUACAAGUGCCUUGAGAACUGAGGUAUGAUUAUUAAGCCAUACCACUUUGUAUAUAAAUAUUUUAAGUAUUAAUGUAUUGUUAUGAGGCAAUUAAUGUAAGUAUGAUUUUACUUUUGGAUAAAAUUGAUUGUACAGAGAAAAAAAAGUCUCAUCCAUUUUAUUUUACAUUUUUUUUUUUUUUUUGCUUUUUAUAACUUUGUAGAAAAAUACAAAGACUCAAAGGUUAUUGGCUGCUUUAAGCUAACCAUGGUUUUUAGUACAUUUGUUUUGUAUGUACAAGUUGAAAUCAAAUUGUGACACAGAUUUUGAUGGAUUAGAAUGUUAAAAGGACAUAAAAUCCACAAUUUUUCUUUCAUGAUUCAGAGAGAACAUACAAUUUUAAACAACUUUCCAAUUUACUUCUAUUAUCAAAUUGUCUUCAUUUUCUUGUUAUCCUUUGUUGAAAAGGUAAGUACAGGAGUGUGAAUGUGGUUGCUGUACUAUGGGCUAGAUUUAUCAAGCUCACUCUCAAUGCACCUCAUCAUUCUUCUAUUUGUUUGCCCCAGCUAGCCUUUAUCAAAGUGUAGCUCUGCACCCAAAUUUAAUUAAAAAAAAAAAAAAAAAAGCUCAGUUGAAGUAAAGAUAAAUUCCUUCAAUCAAUUUAGUAUUUGUGCCUUAUUUACCAUUAAAAAUGUGUUUCUUUUACUAUUAUCAGAAAUACAUAAACAUACAUGUUUAUGAUUCCUAUGUUCUUCCAUUAGAGCAGGUGGUCUAACAGCAAUAUGGGUGCAAUCGAUGGAACCACGAGCAGCCAGCCACAUUAUAAAGUUUUUAUUGUGUGCCAUUCCUCCAUAGUACAGGGUACAUGUGUGUGUAUGUAUGUAUGUAUAUUUAGAUAUUUAAGGAUUGACGCCUUCAAAACCACACUCAAAUACCUGGAAAAUGAGGGCUGGCUCAUGCCAACUACCACACUGGAAACUGCCUGAAAUAAGCCAGUUGCAAGCAAGUGAAGCACAGACAAUAAUUUCAGCAACCCAGUUAUUGCUCUUGUCCUCUUUGUAUGUGGUUUGAGGCCAUUAGCUAUUAGAGCAUGGUCUUUCUAUUGAUCCUGAAACGUUGUUUAAUUUCAUGAUCCGUCAAGGCAUCCAUACCACACCAUGGAAGGAAUACCCUUGGCACUUGUUGCGAAUAGAAACACCAGACAAAAUCAAAAAGGAUUCCAUGAUGUGCACACAACACAAGCUCAAAGAGAAAUGAUUUCUAGUGCUGUUCUCCACAGUAUUUAUGGAGAACCUUCUUGCGUGUAGAUGGAGAAUUUUAAGAAUGCAUUUGGUGCAAAAAAAAUGAUAAAGCAGUUAGUUACCAGUUGAUUAUACCAGUCAAACUAUUGAAUAUUUGAUUAAAACUAAUUUAACCCUUUUUUGGGCCCACCGAGCACCUAGUCGAACACGAUGCACCAAGUAUGAUUUCACUGUCAAUUUACAAGAUUUUUUGGUAAAUAAAUACGAGGAUUAGAUUGUGUGUACAUUUUAGGGGCAAAAACAAGAGAAACUGCUUAAAGGGAAGGUAAAUUUUUAUGAAUGAGUGCCCGUUUUUUAAAAAUACUAUUAAAAACAGGGGCACUUUCAUUCAUGAAAGUUUACAUUACAGCAGUUUUGUUAAAAUACCUUUUUCUUCCCAGCCGGACCAGCGAUCCCACGCCCGCAGCUGCUCUGUACUUACGUCAGCAAUGACGAAUACAGCUUCCUCCAAUCAUGACUUCCCUCCCGAGCAAACAUUUCCUGAGGCCACGCAUUGAUUGGAGGAAGCCGGUUUCGUUAUUGCUGUGUAAGUACAGCAGGAAGAAGCAGGCGAGGUAUCGCUGGUCCGGCUUGGAAGAAGACAAAGGUAAGUAUUUUAACAAAACCACAGCAAUGUAAACUUUCAUGAAUGAAAGUGCCCCUGUGUUUUUAAUAGUAUUUUUAAAAACCGGACACUCAUUCAUGAAAAUUUACCUUCAUUUUAAAGUCUAGCCCAAAAUGACAGGAGUUUUGUAACAAUGUUAUACAUUAUCAAGAGCACUAGAUGCACUAUUUCCUGUAAUCUAGUGGUCCAGACAUAUGCACGCUACCUAUCUAGGUAUCCUUUCAACAAAGAAUAGUAUGAGAAUGAAGCAAAUUUGAUAUUAGAAGUGAUUGGAAACUUUUUUUUUUUUAAAUUGUAUGAUUUAUCUGAGUUGAAAGAUAAAAAUGUGUGUUCCAUGUCCCUUUAAUGUCCUCUAUUGGUUGGUGUUAGUUGAAGUAGAAAAUUGUGAUAUGAUAUAGCAAAGAAAAUGUAAGGAAUGUUUUACCAUAGCUUUUAUGUGUAAAAUAUGUUAUCUUGUUUUUACAGAAAAUUUUAACAAAAAGAUUUAGUAGAACAAUGUUUCAGUAAAAUAGGGAAAAUAAAACUGUAGUAAAACAGUGAGAAAUCAAUGGAAUAAUUGAAUACACAAGUCUACAUCUAAAAUAACACAUUUACUUUCUAGAUUAAAGGAAAUGUAUUUAAUAAUAUCUAAAUUAUUAACCCCCGGCAAUAGCAUUUUAAUCAUUUAAGGUUUUUUUUUUUAAUAGUGGAUACUUCUUUAUUGUUAAAACGUAUUAAAUCUUUGCAAAUGUAUCCAUAGAUAUAAAUCAGUAAGUAGUACUGUCUUGUAUACAAAUAUACAAUAAUAUAAUGUCAUAUAAAACCUAUUUAUAAUUGUAUUUGCUUGUCUAAAACUGGCUAAUCCAAUUAUUCACAACUCGUAAUCUAGUCCUAUAUUGGAAAACAACAUGGUUUCAUUAAUUAGAUUACCGUAUGUAAUUUUAGCACUAGAGACCAGCAACUUCACUGGGUUGUACAUCUUACCUAGAGUUUUUUAUUUGCAUAUAAUGGUGGUAAAACACAGUAAUGUCUGUAAUUCCUCUCUAUUAUACCUUUUCCCAGUACACACAGACAUGGCUGCACAUAAACUUUCUCACAGGUUCCUCCUUCAUGCAGCUAAAAAAAAAAAAAAAAAAAACAUUCAAAGGUUGCACUGUAUUUUUCUGUUGCCUUUGUUUGUGUAAAAACAAUGUUUUGUUUUUUUUUACGUGGCCCUUUAAUAGGAACAGUUAGACAACCCUGAAAUACACUAUUUUAUUUUUGUAUGCAUUAUUCUGUGUAAUGUAAAGUAUGUAUCAACAUUUAUCAUGUUAUUACACUUUCAUUUAAUCCAGAUUAUGUAAACAUUUUACCAUUGAUUUAUUCAUAAUAGUAGAUUUAAAAAAAAAAAAAAAAAACAUUAUUAUAUGUAAUUAGGAUUUGCAUGUCCCAAACAGACGAAUUUAAAAAUAUGACCUCAGGAGAAUUUCAGGAGAUUCCUGCAUAUUACUUUCUGCUUAUAUGGUUUUGGAUAUACGUUUUCACAUUCCUAAAAUAAAUGUGGUUAUAUCUAUAUAUUUUUUUUAUUUUUUUAAACUGUUGAAAAUAUAUAAUGCAAUAAUAAAAAUUGAUUGCACACUUAUGUAUCUGAACCCAAAAACAUAUUGGACAAAUUAUAUAAAAAUGUUAUUUAAAAUUAUUUUAACAUAACUUGUAUAAACAAUAAUAUAUCUGCUGAAAA